CAGCCGGUGAAAGAGGUGCUUCCCCUGCCUCGACAGCCCACUCCACUACACGAGACCUCGCCUUCGUCUUUCAGCUCUGCCACCAUCUCAGGAAAACACAACUCGGGCUCCCUCCAGCACGUUCAGGUGGCUUCCUCAGUGGUGACGUCAUUCAAUCACCUGAAGCCUCCUGAGAGGGACCUCACACCGAUGUCUCAGAUGAAGGCUAUCAAGUCACUGAGGCAUGCUGGCUUAACGGCAGUCUUCACUGGGCAAACAAGGCUUGAGAGUGAGGAUGUACUGGAGGAGUUACCAAUCGUCGAUGUGAUCCUGGCUGACAUUGACUCUCUGGUGCCCACCCAUGAUGAAACGGGCCGCCCCAUAGCCGAGUGGAAACGACAGGUGAUGGUGCGACAGCUGCAGGUCAGGAUUCAGGAUGAGGAGGAGCAGAGGAGACAGGACAAGGUGAAUGGCUACAUGCCAGUGGAUGGCUGGAAGUAUUCGCAGGCACACAAUGCUGUCUUGGGACCCUUCGGUGAGCUCCUGACAGAAGAAGACCUGGUCUACCUACAGCAGCAGAUCGAGUCUGUUUCACUGCAGAAACGCUGCCAGGCCUAUGAGCUGGAGCUCACCAGGCUGACUGAGGAGCUCAGAGCAAUUCUUCCAGAUCCCAUUGUCAACAUUUCCCUAAACAAAGAGGUCCUGCGUCAGAUGGACUCCGAGGAGAAAAUGCACUUGGCUUUGCCUGUCUGGUGUAAUCGUGUCUCUGAGAUUGUUCGGAGCAUGUCUCUGCUGGUGGCUAAUCUGACUCAAACAGCCGAAAAGGAGGGUGAGUGGAAGAUGGUGGAAGGCAUGGUGGAGGGCAUGAAAGGGCUGCGGGAAAUCAAUGAGAGUUCAGGAAAUGAUCUAGACCAGGGGUUUAUUCCCCAGGACCCAGGGAUGCAGCAAAAGCCUGCAGAGACCUCCAGUGGAUGCAGAAUACCUCACAUUGGGAUGGCAUCAGCUUUUAGCCAUCGCUUGGAGAGCAACAGUUGCAGCAGAGCACGAAGGGAGAGGAUUGAGAAGGAGAUCCAGCAGUCUGGGGUUUCCGUGAGAAACCUCAGGUCCAACUUUGAGGGUCAGAUUGGUGGGAUUUAUCCCUUUGCUGGAGUUAUUCAAGCAGAACAAGCAUUUAAGGGCCAGUGUGAAGUUAGAGAUUUUGGAAAUAACAGUGUCAACACAAAUGUCAGCUAUGAUACCCCUAAAAGACGAGCCCCUGUUAUGGAGACCAACAGUUUGAGAAAAGAGCGAAUAGUUGUGCUGUUUCUGAGCCACUGGAAGAAAUCUGCAUAUGCUAUUUCAGUGAGGGCAUCGAGGCAGAGGCAGGGACAGGCACAGGUUGUGGCAUCAGAAAAAGUGACAGCAGAUCAGUCUCAGCAGAAAAUAACUUCCCUGUUUCAGUUUUGUCAACAACGAGGAGCUGUGGACAAAAUGCUGAACUCCUGGAGGAAUAAAUUAGAGCUAGAAGAUGCUCAUAAGUUAUGUUUGCUCUCCCCCUCUGACGUCUCACAAAAUCCACUGCCUCGGGUUACUUACUCCCCAGAGCAAUUCCUUCCAGACAUGGACGGUGUGGCGAUGAGCCAUGACAGCUUGACCCUUGACCUCUUCAUGCUCGGUUACUUCCACAUUUUAGAGCAGGAGUUGCCACCUGAGGAGAGGAAGAUGAGGCAUCUCCUUUGCUUCGAGGUUUUCGACCAUGUUGGCUGCUUUCCCUGGGAGAAGGUCAGAGAUUUCCACAAGGCUGUUCUCCUGGAAAUCCAGUCGGGGAGGCGACAGUGGAGUGAUGGCUUUGAAGACCUCAAAGUUAACUUCUUUGGCGACUCCAGACCAUGCCGCUGCCCAUCAUCAGCGUCAUUGCGCCCAGGGUCCAAAUCUGUGCCCGCGGUAAUCGUGCAAAGUGCUACUCCAGAUGAGAGUGGCAGUGACACAGACUUCUCCUGUUACAAUAAUGAAGAUAUCUGUAAAUAUAUUGACCGCAGCUUCGCAUUUUGGAAAGAGAAGGAGGCAGAGAUUUUUGACUUUGAGCACUGA